AUGGCGACGGCAGGAAUGAGCCCACAUGAGGUUCCGGUGACCCUGACACGUCGCCGCUCUCUGCGGAAGGUGCUGCGGGACCGUGGGCAGCUCUCCCACUUCUGGAAAGCCCAGAAGCUCGAUGUGGUCCAGUACAGCGAGCAGGGCGCGGCCUUCAGGAAGAUGACGGAGCCCCUCAUCAACUACCUGGAUCCCGCUGCCCUCCCCAGUCUUGGCAACGCGGCGGGGAGGCAGAUUUCCUCCAAAGCUAACACGUAUCGCACGCCUGAACAUGCCAAGUUUCAGCCGACACAGUCCAGCACGUACCAGCUGGUCGGGACCCCCUUCUCCAUCCGCUACGGGACGGGCAGUUUGACGGGGGUCAUCGGAUCCGACCAAGUAGUCAUCGAGGGUCUCACCGUGAGCAACCAGCAGUUUGCAGAGAGCAUCAGCGAGCCAGGAAAAGCUUUCGUGGAUGCCGAGUUCGACGGGAUCCUGGGGCUGGCUUACCCCUCGCUGGCCGUGGAUGGGGUCACCCCUGUCUUUGAUAACAUGAUGGCACAAAACCUGGUGGAGCUGCCCAUAUUCUCUGUCUACAUGAGCGCGAACACCGAAUCCUCCCUAGGAGGAGAGUUGCUCUUUGGUGGCUUUGACACCUCUCGCUUCACGGGGACCCUGAACUGGGUGCCGGUCACCCAGCAAGGGUACUGGCAGAUCCAGGUGGACAACAUCCAGGUGGGCGGGACAGUGGUUUUCUGCGAGAACAGCUGCCAGGCCAUCGUGGACACCGGGACGUCGCUCCUCUCAGGUCCCACCACGGAUAUAAAAGAAAUGCAAAGCUAUAUCGGUGCCACACUUGUGGAUGGGGUGUACGCCGUGGAGUGCAGCAACCUCAACUUGAUGCCCGACGUGACCUUCACCAUUAACGGGCUCCCCUACACGCUCAACGCCCAGGCCUACACCCUCAUGGAGUACAGCGACGGCAUGACCUUCUGCACCAGCGGCUUCCAAGGGAUGGACGUGUACCCUCCCCCCGGACCCGGUGACGUUUUCAUCCGUCAGUUUUACUCCGUGUUUGACCGUGGUAAUAACAGGGUGGGGUUGGCCCCGGCCGUCCAGUAG